AUGCUCUGGCCUGGCGCUUGGCGCAGUCACCCCAGGUGCUUCGCGUUUUUGUCGAGGGCGUCCCAAAUUGAGUUGGUGGUCGUCGGCCCGGAACAGCCGCUGGCCGAUGGUCUGACGGAUGUGCUCCUGAGCCACAACAUCAACUGCUAUGGCCCCACCCAGGCCGCUGCACAGCUCGAGGCCUCCAAGUCCUUUGCCAAAGACUUUAUGGCCAAGCACGGCAUUCCCACAGCUCGCUACGCCACCUUCUCCAACGCUGAUCAAGCCACCGCCUUUAUUGACCAUGCUGACUUUCCUGCCCUCGUGGUCAAGGCCAGCGGCCUCGCCGCCGGCAAGGGCGUCGUCGUGGCCAAGGAUCGGGCUGAAGCCAAAGAUGCUGCUCGCACCAUGCUCGAUGGUCGCUUCGGCGAAGCCUCCAGCAGCGUCGUCAUCGAGGAGCUCCUCUCAGGCCCCGAAGUCUCCAUCCUCGCUUUUUGUGAUGGCGACAGUGCUGUCCUCAUGCCCCCAGCCCAGGAUCAUAAGCGCCAGCUUGAUGGCGAUCUAGGACCCAACACCGGCGGCAUGGGUGCAUAUGCCCCCGUUCCUUUUGUCUCCCAAGAAGUUCUUGAUACAAUCCACGAAACCGUCUUUCUGCGGGUCCUAGAAGGCAUGAAGGCCGCCGGCACACCCUACCACGGCACCCUCUACGCUGGACUAAUGCUGACUCAAGAAGGGCCUCGGGUGCUGGAAUUCAACUGCCGCUUUGGUGACCCCGAAACUCAGGCACGUCCUGAUGGCUCUCUGCCAGGGGGAUCUCUUCCAAAUUAUGCUCAACUGCGUGCCCAAGGCCAGCUCCAACCUGACGGGCAUCAAAACCAGCACCGUAAGGCGGCCGCGUGUGUGGUCAUGGCCAGCAAGGGCUACCCGGAAGCUUAUCCCAAGGGUCUGCCCAUUGUUGGUCUCGACGCCAAUCACCAACUAAACGAGGAAACCAUCAUCUUUCACGCCGGAACUGCCGUCCAGAACAAACAACUCGUCACUUCGGGUGGCCGGGUACUCUCUGUCACCGCUUGUGCUGAUGAUCUCGAGGUUGCAUGCCAGCAAGCCUACAACGGCAUUGUCAACAUUGAUUUCGAAGGCGCCCAGUAUCGACGAGACAUCGCUGGCCAAGUCAUUCGUCGUGCCAAGGCUUCGGGGUUGACCUACAAGAGUGCUGGUGUGGACAUUGACGCCGGUGAUCACUUGGUGGACCUCAUCAAGCCCUUGGCUGGCGCCACCAAGCGCUCCGGCUGCGAUGCGCAGCUCGGCGGCUUUGGCGGCAUGUUUGACCUGGCCGCCGCUGGCUUCAAGGAUCCCGUCCUUGUGUCUGGAACGGAUGGCGUGGGAACCAAGCUCAAGGUUGCACACGCCGUUGACAAACAUGACACCAUCGGCAUUGACCUGGUGGCCAUGUGUGCCAACGAUGUCCUGACGUGCGGUGCUGAACCACUCUUCUUUCUGGAUUACUUGGCCACCGGCAAGCUUGAAGUGGACCAAAUGCAUCAAGUCGUCCAGGGUGUCAGUGCCGGUUGCUUGCAGGCAGGAUGCGCCUUGCUGGGUGGCGAGACGGCGGAAAUGCCAGGAAUGUAUUCCAACGGCCACUACGACGUUGCUGGCUUUGUCGUUGGGGCUGCUGAACGUGACCAAAUUCUGCCUCGCAUCGAGACCGUCAAGCCCGGAGAUGUCGUUCUUGGUCUCUCGUCGUCGGGCGUGCACUCUAACGGCUACAGCCUGGUGCGUCGCCUUGUGAGCAAGCUUGGCCUUGACUACAACGAGCCCUCGCCGUUUUCAGACAACCAAAGCUUGGGCGAAGCACUGCUUGAGCCAACGCGCAUCUAUUCGCGCCAGCUGCUUCCUUUGAUCCGUAAGAACCUGGUGAAGGCCAUGGCACACAUUACGGGUGGUGGAUUGCCUGGCAACGUUGUUCGUGUGUUGCCCGAUGCAUGCACCGUCCGCCUCAAUGCCCAGAGCUGGCCCAUGCCCCCCGUAUUCCAGUGGAUCUCCACCAUGGGCCAAGUCGAGGCACAUGAGAUGUCUCGCACCUUCAACUGUGGACUGGGCAUGGUUAUUGUCGUCGAUGCCGCCCAUGUUGCGGAGAUUCAAGAACUGCUCCCUGAGGUCAUGAUCAUUGGUUCCGUUGAAGCUCGAGGUGCAGAGCCCGUCGUGGUAAGAGAAACUUGCGUUACAAUGCGCAAGCGUGUGGCUGUGCUCAUUUCCGGCACCGGAACCAACCUUCAAGCCCUGAUUGACGCCUCCAGCAAUGAGGACUUUCCGGCCGAAAUUGCUCUCGUCAUCUCCAACAAGCCCGGCGUCAAAGGACUUGAACGUGCUUCGGCGCACGGUAUUCCGAGUGCAGUGGUCCACCACAAGGAGUUUGACACCCGUGAAACUUUUGAGCAAGCGAUUCAACAGCACUUGGAGCAAUACAAGAUUGAUCUCGUCUGUCUUGCUGGCUUCAUGCGCAUCUUGACGCCCUACUUUGUAAACCUAUGGAAGGGACGGUUGUUGAACACGCACCCCGCGCUCUUACCUGCCUUCAAAGGCAUGCAUGGUGCUCGCAUGGCGAUUGAGGCCGGUGUGCGCAUCAGUGGAUGCACAGUGCAUUUCGUAGAGGCCGAGGUGGAUGCAGGGGCCAUCGUGUGCCAGCGCGCUGUCCCUGUCUUUCCCUCAGAUGAUGAGGACACGCUGCAAGACCGCAUCAAGACGGCCGAGCACGAAGCGUACCCUGAGGCCUUGCAGCUGGUUGCCAGCGGGCGCUGCAGUCUGGGUUCCGAUGGCCGGCUUGUCUGGCAACAGUAG